AUGGCGGCGUUGGUUGCCGAGGAGAGAUGGGUCGGAAUAGAUCUAGGUGGCGAUCGAAGUACCACGGUUUUGCGAAGCGGGGAGAUCAUCCGCUCUGAGCUAGGUGGCCACGACACACCCAACCUGGUGGCGUUCAAAGCCCGAGACCGGAGUAUAGGAGAAGCGGCCGUGUCCAUGGUAACUAGCGCGCCAACGAGCACGGUCGGGGUUGUGCACACGAUGGCUGGGACUGCAUACAGCUCCUGGGCACAGAGGGCCCCGACGGCACACGCCGCUUUCCGACACGCCGAGGCGAGCGGGGGGCACCCGAAAGGAGGAGUUGCCGUUACGGUAGAACGACAAACCGGACCGCAAACCUUUGGCGGCACGGAGAUCCUAGCCAUGUAUCUCUGCAAGCUUCGAGCGUGUGCCGCGCCGACGCAGGCACCUGGUGGUGGCGGGGAAGGGGCUUCGGCAACGGCGUGCAAGGGCUGUUUCUCGAGCCCGGCGGCGGCUUCGCCGGUCGAGAGGAGGGCGGUUUUGGACGCUGCUCGCAUCGCGGGGUUUGCGGAUGCGAAGGUGUUCCCUGCUUCCGACUGCCUCUGCGCCGUUUACGCCCGAAAGCACCCCGUGUCGCCGGGCUCUGCUCCCGAGACCGUCAUCAUGGUUGACGUUGGCCGCUUACAGACGACUGUGGUUGUAGCGCGCUUCGGGGAAGGCGAGGGCGAGAGUGACGCCCCCGUUGCGAAAGCUGACGCCCGGCAGAAGGAAAACGCGUCGGCUCCAUGCACGUAUUCGGUGCUAGCGGUGCGCAGCAACGUCGACCUGGGGGCGUUUCAUUUCGACGAUCGCAUGUUCCGGCACUUUCAGGGGUUGGUGAAGAAGAAGUAUGACCACGAUGUGCUUCCCGGAUCGAAGCAGGGGAUCAGGCUUCUCCUGGCGUGCCGACGGCUGCGAGAGCUGCUAUCCACUACUCCCACCGCCGAAACAGCUGUGGAGAAUCUGGUGGACGGCGUGGAUGUUCCCCUGUCGAUGACUCGCGCGGAGCUGGCGACGCUUUGCGAAGCCGAGCUCGGCGAGAUUAGUAGCUUGGUGCGGGGUUGCCUAGAGGAGGCAGCCAUUGAUGCCGGGUCUCUUACGGGGGCUCAGGCUAUUGGCGGGGGCUGCCGGAUGCCGAUCGUGCAGGAUGUGGUUAAGGACGAGGUGGGACUUCCGCUGGGAUCGAGGCUAGACAGUGCUUCGCUAGCCUACGGAGCAGCUCUGUUGGCGCAGGGAGGGGAGUCGAUGCAAGCGACAGAGGACGCCCUUGCGGCGGAGGGGAUGUCCAAGGAGGAAAUCAUCAAGGCCGUCACUGACGAGCACGAGAGGCAGAAGGAAGACGCCGAGGUGCGCGCCAUCGCCCUAGAGAGGAACGAGCUGGAAUCCCUGCUGUUCGACAUGGGUUCGGCCCCCAACAAGAAGCACGGAGAGCUCAUCGACAAGGAGGCCCUCAAGGCUGCUUUGGGAGGGCUAGAGGACUGGCUGUACAGCGAGGAGGCUGACGAUGCCGAUCUUGCUGCGCUCAAGACCAAGCGAAAAGAGAUAGACGCUGAGCUGAAGGGUAAUGUCGCCAAGGCGUUCUUUGAAGCGGUGGGAGCGGACAAGAAAAAGGUGGAGGCUGAGAUGGAAGCUGAAGCGAAGGCGUUCGAGGAGGAGAAAAAGAACAACCCGGAAGAGGGCGACGACCACGACACCCGAAAGCUGCCCAAGCCUGAGAGGAUGCGUCUCGUGAUGAAGAACAAGGAGGAAGGGACCGAGCUGUUCAAGGGUCAGAACUACCGCCAGGCCGGGGCGCGCUACUCCAAGGCCCUCACGCACGCCGCCAAGAUGUUCGACCUCAACGCGGAAGAACAGAAGGAGGUCCAUGCGGUGCAGCUCUCGCUCUACCUGAACCUGGCACAGUGCUACCUCAAGCUGCAGAGCUGGGACCAGGUGGUGAACAACUGCACCCUUGCGCUGAAGCUCGACGCCGAAUCGAGCAAGGCGCUCUACCGUCGGGCGUACGCCCGUUUCACCAAGAAAGACUACGACAACGCCAAGACCGACCUUGACAAGGCGCUGGCAUACGCCCCGGGGGACAAGGCUGUUGCGACACUGCUCAAGAAGGUGGACAGCGUUCUGAAGAAGCAGCAAGAGAAGGAGAAGAAAAUGUGGAGCAAGGCAUUCUCCUAGCGUCGUGCUGGAGUCGGAAACAUUGUCGAACAGUACAGCAGCGCCAUGCGCAUUUUUGUUGGGAAGUCGCAUUCAGAUCAGUCGCAACGGAGACAGAUUGAGUGUUAUGCCUGUCACAAGAUUAUGCAUGUUGAAGGUUACAAUACGUUAUGGACUGCUUGCGGUAGUCGGUCCUGUAGACGUUUUUUUUUUAUUUACACACCUUGCACAACUAUAAACAACUAGACUUUAGUUGGGUGAGGGUUCAACUACCCGUAGUUGAACGGAACUAACUAGUUGCACAAGAUUCGAGCCAGUAGUUGAUUGGCCAAACAAAUACAACUAUCGUAGUUGUAGGGUGUGAAAAGUUAUUUCGGCUGCGC